AUGGUUGUUGAUACUGAGUAUUACGAUUUGUUAGGUGUGUCUACCACUGCAUCUUCCAUUGAAAUAAAAAAGGCCUAUAGAAAGAAAUCUAUUCAAGAGCAUCCUGAUAAGAAUCCCAAUGACCCCACGGCUACCGAAAGGUUUCAAGCAAUAUCCGAAGCUUAUCAAGUUUUAGGUGACGAUGAUCUUCGCGCAAAGUAUGAUAAGUAUGGAAGAAAAGAAGCUAUUCCUCAGGGCGGCUUUGAAGAUGCAGCUGAACAGUUCUCUGUCAUCUUUGGUGGAGAUGCGUUUGCCUCAUAUAUUGGCGAACUGAUGCUAUUAAAGAACCUACAGAAAACUGAGGAGCUAAAUGCUGAAGACGAAGCUGAAAAGGAGAAGGAGAAUGUGGAAACAAUGGAAGAAUCACCUGCAGACGGUAAGACGAAUGGCACCACUAACGCUGUUGAUGCAGCAUUGGGCAAUACUAACGAAAAAGAUGACAAAAAUAAGGCGAGGACAACUUCUGGUAAUUUAACUGUACACGAUGGAAACAAGAAAAAUGAGCAGGUAGGAGCAGAAGCUAAGAAGAAGAAGACAAAAUUAGAGCAGUUUGAGGAAGAACAAGAGGUAGAAAAGCAAAAAAGAGUAGACCAAUUAAGCAAAACAUUGAUUGAAAGAUUAUCGAUAUUAACAGAAAGUGUCUAUGAUGAUGCAUGUAAAGAUUCCUUUAAAAAAAAGUUCGAAGAGGAAGCCAAUCUUUUAAAGAUGGAAUCAUUUGGUCUGGACAUAUUACACACAAUAGGCGACGUUUACUACGAAAAAGCUGAAAUUUUUCUUGCAUCCCAGAACCUGUUCGGAAUGGGUGGUAUAUUUCAUUCUAUGAAGGCUAAAGGGGGAGUAUUUAUGGAUACACUAAGAACUGUUUCGGCAGCCAUAGACGCUCAGAAUACUAUGAAGGAGCUUGAAAAAAUGAAAGAAGCUAGCACGAAUAAUGAGCCUUUGUUUGACAAAGACGGAAAUGAGCAAAUUAAGCCAACCACUGAGGAACUGGCGCAGCAAGAGCAGCUAUUGAUGGGCAAAGUAUUGUCGGCUGCUUGGCAUGGUUCUAAAUAUGAAAUAACAUCCACUUUACGUGGCGUUUGUAAAAAAGUACUAGAAGAUGACUCGGUAAGUAAGAAAACGCUUAUCAGAAGAGCUGAAGCAAUGAAACUAUUGGGUGAAGUCUUUAAGAAAACUUUCAGAACCAAAGUCGAACAAGAAGAGGCACAGAUCUUUGAAGAACUUGUAGCAGAAGCUACAAAAAAGAAGAGACAUACAUGA